CAGCAGGCGGUGCGCAGUCCCCCACCACUACUUCUCGACCCCGAGAGGACGACGGAAAAGUUAAAAACACUGAUAAGAAGUUACUGUAACAAGAUGGAGGCCUACACGUGUCAACAAGAAAGAAGACACUAAUCCAUCACAGCGCCACACUUUGGCCUUUCUGCCGCAACCCAAAUUGACUUUUCCAUCUUCCUUGACAGCGAUGCGUCCCCUCUACCACCUUGCAACUUUGUGCAACCCGAAGUUCCUGACUGAGAGCUUCCUGUGCAAGAGACGGUAUGCGAACUCCAAAUAACCUUCAGCGUUCUCUCAACAAGUAAUGGUCAAGUCAUGCGCAGGAACCCGUUUGCGGCGGAAGGCUGCUGCGGGAAAGGCUCCCGCAACGCCCUUCAGGAGCUCUACAACCCCUCCCAGCCCGAGCUGUCGGGAGCGGCCGUCCUCCACCAGAGCCGAAGGGACCGGGUGGCGGACGCUUGUCGGGUCUACAGCGCGUCCAGUCGCAAGCGACGGGUCCUCACGCCGGGAGACCUCAAACACUUGGUGGUGGACGAGGACCACGAGCUCAUCUACUGCUACGUCCCCAAGGUGGCCUGUACCAACUGGAAGCGUGUCAUGAUGGUGCUGACGGGCCGAGGCAAAUACAGCGACCCGAUGGAAAUCCCGUCCAAUGAAGCCCACGUCCCGUCCAACCUGAAGACCUUGAACCAGUACAGCAUCGCCGAGAUCAACCACCGCCUCAAGAACUACCUGAAGUUCCUGUUCGUCCGCGAGCCCUUCGAGAGGCUGGUGUCCGCCUACCGCAACAAGUUCACCCUCAAGUACAACUCGUCCUUCCACAAGCGCUUCGGCACGCGCAUCGUGCGGCGCUACCGCAAGAACGCCACGCGGGACGCCCUGGCCAACGGCGCCGACGUCAAGUUCGAGGAGUUCGCCGAGUACCUGGCCGACCCGGCCACCCGGCGCGACGGCCCGCUCAACGAGCACUGGCAGACCGUCUCCCAGCUGUGCCACCCGUGUCACGUCCACUACGACCUGGUGGGCAAGUACGAGACCCUGGAGGAGGACGCCAACCACGUCCUGCGGCUGGCCGGCGUCGGCGACGCCCUGCGCUUCCCCAGCUACGCCAAGUCCACCCGCACCACCGACGCCAUGACGGCCCAGUUCUUCGGCAACAUCAGCGCCGCGCAGCAGGUCCGGCUCUACCAGCUUUACAAGCUGGACUUCCUCAUGUUCAACUACUCCACGCCCGGCUACCUCCGGCUGGACUAGGGAGCGCCGAGCGAGGGACUCUUAAGGGGGCGGCCGUCUCGUUGGAGUCGGGAGUGUUUUUCGGGCAAACUCGAACGAAACAACUGCGCAAUGUGCACUUAUUUUCCGGAUAGAAUGUCAAAUGAGCUGGUUUUUGGACAGAAUGCGGGCGCGGGAACGAGACCGGAAGAGUCCUAAGGAUUCUCCUCGCGGGUUUCGAACGAACCGUCGCCCGCACCCCGACGCCAAUCCAUCCGACACGCGUCGCGUCCCGCGUCCCGGGGCCGCCGACCUCCGCCACCACCGUUCGACUCCCGGCGGGCCCGCCUCGAAGGUCGCGACCUCCUAUUCGGCGGUCGGACGCCCGAGUCGGGCAAAUUUGCGAAAGAGCGCCGAGCGACACCCGACGCCCCCUUAACCCUCCCGUCUCUUCGUACGGGACGGCGCGGGGUUUUAAAGACACUGGAGCUCGUAAAACCCGCGGACUCACCGAGACAUUCUUUGUGCUUAUUUUGUACGCGAGACGGCGAUAAUUAUGGAAACGAUUAAAAUGAGAGCGAGUAUCGAAUCGGGCGGGGUUAUUUUUUUCUGGAACGGAGCUCUUGUAAAGAGUCGCGUUUGUACGAUUUUGUCCCGUCGACGUCCACGCGCGCGCACGUCGCUUCGGAACUCACGCUCGUAUCGGUUGUACCCGAGAAUCGCAGGCCGUAUCUCCCGCUCGUAACUGUGAUUAGCGUUAGGUAAACGACUACAUUGUCUCUCUGUCACACUGCGAAGUGCAUUACACGCUCUUACGUAAUCAAUAUUACACGGGGGCCAGAUAAGGAGUCGGACAUAUCUUUGUAAAUUCCAAACCACUCCAGCGUCGAAGUCAAAGAGAUAGCCAUCUAUUGCCGUUUGUUUUGUUCUUUUCUUUUGCGCUUGACUUUACAGCAUUAUUUCCGACACGUAAUUAUGUACAGCGCGAGCGCUCUUGAAUUUGAAUGAACGUUAUUGUAAUGGACUUAUCGGACCACCGCAGCGCUCGAAGCGCAACGGGACACGCAAAGGAUUUUCAAGUAGGCUCGCGGUUUGUAGGCGUUUGUUUAUGUGUACAGUCCCCCGUCGCAAAUACGUGCGAAGCAUUAGUGCGUUUGUACUUUACGCUUCAACGCUACGAAGGAAGGCGGUGAGGGCCUCGCUAAAAAGAAAAUAAAGUCAUGGAAUUUCAAAGGACGAUAUUAAGAGAAUGAUUUUUAUUUGUUUUCAAAUGUUAUUUAAGAGAAACGACACUCUCAAAACGGCCGGGUCAAAAACAAGCCAAAAUGGGUUAUUGGGGUAACCCGACGCGUUCCUAAAGUCGGCCCGACCCAACGAGCGGUUAUUUGACACCAGCGGUUCCGGGUUAGGGGGUUUUGAGCCUGCGUGUCGGCUGGGGGCCGUCGGAUUGGUCAAAUGUGAAAGAAAAAGUAGCGUAAAACAUAAUAAUAACAAAUAAAUGAGGAAUCCCACCGUUCACGUUGAGUACGAUCCAGUUAGCGUUACCGACAUGCGCCCGUCCAUCUUUUGAAGCGCUUAUCCUGACUUGGGUCGCGGGGGGGUGCCGGAGCCCACCCCGGCUGCUUUGGGUUAUCUUGGGUCUAAAGGCUGGGGGCGACCAGGCUGUUGCACCUCACGCCGGUCAGCGGGCGGCUCCGCGUGGCAACGGAAUGCAAUAAGUGCAAUUAAAGAAAAGCGGCGACUCGGAGAUGUAGUCGAUCGUUGACAGCGCCGUCAGCUCGUCCCGAUAGCCGAGUUGCCAAGUGGAUUUUUCCUGGAAAUGUCCUUUUUUUUUGUGUGUUCUUGUAACAUUGAAUUUUAAUUUAUUCGCGUCAUAUCUUGACUUCCGCACCCUAUUAUAGUUGAGACUUUAUACUCUGACGUUAUUCUGUGCAGCAGCAGCAGCAGCAGCAGCAUGCUGCUGGUUUCAUAUUGUUAAGUUUUGAACAUUUGCUUGUACUUUUCUUCCCACUUUUGUCCGAACAAUCCAACUUAAUACAUGUAAUAACUUUUUUCCUCCUAAUAUUGUGGCUUUUUUUUUUUUCCAGGGUUUU